AUGUCUGUUCCAGCCUGUAAGGAAGCACGGAUCGCUUCGAAGGAAACCCUAGAUGGCGGAGACUUAUUUUCAAGGAUCUCUGCAGAUGACAAUGAGUUAUCUCCCAAAUUGCUGGAACAUCUCUCUGGCUCACGACCCAUGAGCUCGAAUCGAAGGUUUAAAAAACGAGAGUCUGACCGAAGAUGCCAACGGAUGUCUCGCGAGAGAACCAAAUCUCACAUCGCCUAUCUGGAAGACUUGGUUGAGAAAUUGAAGCAAGCGGAUGCCUCCGGCCAAAUCGGGUCGCUCGUACAAAGCAUGUCCCAAUUGCGGCAGGAACGGAACUCCCUUGCCAAUAAACUCAAGAGUAUCGAGAACAUUUUGCUGCCUCAGACAGGUUCAACCAUGGAAAGAACUCCUAAAACCGAGGAACCAGGCUCUCAGCCACCUGAAUCUGAAUCUCUCACAUCUUUCCACGCACUUCAUCCCAUCAUGAAUGAUUCUGCAGCUCCCUUCAGUGGCUAUACUUGUCAGAGAAUCCGAAACAUCUCCGCCAACCAACCAGCCGCUCAAUCAGUCGAAGAGCGAAGCGUCAUACCACAUCAGCUCCGAGAGGUUUCAGAAGGCACCUGCACUUCGUUCUCAACGACGCCCGCCGAGUUCCAUGGCGGGUCUUCCCAGCUGAGGCAACCGCAAUUGAUUCCCUCGAAUAUGAGAGCAAGUUUUUGUGAAUGCGGCUACGCUGAGGCCCUGAAAAAGCAAGAACUCAACUUUUGGUACAUGGGAAACACGAACUUGGGUGCAUGGAUGAAAUGGCCGACGUUAGUCACGCCGGUUUCCGACGAUGACCUUUACAAUGACGACACGCCUAUACGUGCGAUGGUUCAGGGAUGGGAUGCGGUCGACAAAAGGGGAAAUGUCCAUCCCAUGUGGCGUCUUAUUCGAGUUGUGGAUGAGAACCUGUUUACCUUUGCUGACGAUCCCAAGAACAGGUUGGGCAUACUCUACAACGUCGGGCGGUUACUGAGAGCCCAUCUUGACCCCACGAGGCAGCAAAUUACCAAUUUGCCACCUUUUUUUGUGGACAGGCCUCACCUGCGUCAGGCUUUAGCGAAGAACAUACAUCGAUAUUGUCGUAAUCACUUCUGGAGAACUUUCAUCAGCAGUCUGCGAAUGCAGUGGCCCUAUGAAUUUCGCGACUGCUUUCUCUUCAAUUCAGCAAAUGGAUUGUACAAGAUAAAUCCGAUGUACGCCGAGAUCCUUGGAGAUAUUAGAAGGAUCGGAGUCACCAAAGACUUUUUUAACUCCUAUCCUGAAUUUCGCAGUGCAAUUGGGGCUGUAGAUGAAAUCCCAGCCUCGAUCACCGUGGUUCAGAAUCAAUACGCUAACUACGAAGGCCUUCCCUACUCGGAUUUAUUCAAACAGCGACAACCUGAAUCAAAACCUGAUGAAUCAAAGAAAGCCGCCGAACCGACCGAACAGAACUCGGUGGGGCAAAUGAUGGCCUCUCUUUUCAACCACUCCUAUCCUGAGCAGGUGGAGAGCUGGGAUUAUGGCAUUUGGGAUCAUGGCUUGCUGCCGGAGAUGUCCUACAUCUCUGGCCGGGACUUCCUUUGA